CUCAAAUUUUAAAAAAACCUUGCCCAACUUCACACUCUACGAGCGUCUAGUUCCGGGAAAACGAGGACGCGGAACUUGAGACGACACUUGACAAAGACGCCACGCACUAUUAGUUCCUGGAAGGAUUUGAUCAGGGCUUGCAUAUCUUCGUUUACACGUUCUGCACGUAAACGAUAAAUCCAAGCGUGAAACAAACUGGGAGAUCCAAGCGUGAAACAAACUGGGAGAUCCAAGAUUGAAACAAACUGGGAGAACAUGCCGAACAAGAAAACCGCCGAAGAAAACACGUUUGAUGAAACGGCAAAAGCAAUUCUGGAACAUACAGUCAUGGAGCAUUCUGAAAGACGAACCGAUUCAACUUUUCCAAAAUUUGAACAAGCACUAGAAGAAAUGCCCAGACAAAUAAGAAUGUUUUCUGAAAGUAUGAAAAAACGCUUUGUGGAUCAGGCUCUUCGUAGUGAUCCUGAAUCGUGUGCAAAGUACAAAAAGCUACGAAAUGACACAAAGAACGAUGCCUUGGUUUAUAUCAAUGCUGUUCUUCCCAUUGUCGAAGUGGUGGUAUCCGAGAUUGAAGGUGUAUUUGAGCACUUUAUGAAUCUCAACAACGAGGAUCUAUACAAACAGUUCCAUGGGAUGCUGGAAGAAUUACAAAACUGCAGGCAGUUAUGUGAUAUGGCCAGAUCGAUGAAUGAAAACAUGAUGGUUACAUUGAAGCGGAGGGAAGAUAAAGCUAAGGAAGUAGAGCUGGAAAUCAGAGAGCUGCAGCAAGAGUGCGUAAGAAAACAGAGCGAAUUUGAAAAAUCUGCUGAAUUCAAGAGGAAAAUGGCUAUUGCUUUAUCGUUUGUUCCUGUAGUAAAUCUGUUUGCAGCCCCACCUUUAUUCGUUGCAGCUAACAGUGAUAAGAAAGAUGCUCUUGUGCAGAGAACUGAAGCACAGGCAAAAGACGCUGCCGCAACAGCUGUUUUAGAGACUUUGAUUCCAGCGUUGACAGCUUUCACUGAAGGAUUGGGAACCGUGGCAGGAUUUUUGUCUGAAAUGGAGAGCGAAUUAAUUAAAUGCCAUGCGAACGGUGAAAGGUGUAUGAAAGAUAGUUUCAAAUCUUUUUCUGAUGUGAUGAAACUAGUUAACGCAUCAAAUAUCCUAAUGAAGUGCAAAGAUUUCAGAUGGGUUCUUCCUUCAGUAAAGACCGAUUUCCUAGCGAUCUGCCCAGACGAUGGUACUGAUGAUGAGGAGAUCGACCAUGAAUACGUGUUUACAAGAUUAAAGGAAAUGAUGAAAAUGACGAAUAACCUUCGUAAAAAACCUGGAAGGAUAAUCGAUAAUUUGAAAAGACACAUGUUUCGGCAACGAGAAUUGGCUAGUGGGCCUAGUGCUCGAGCUGAAACAUUCCAGUUUUAUGUUUGAACUUUCUGAUCUGAUCCAUGCAUCUUUUCUGGUUGGCUGAUGCGAGUUUGUCCACGAUAGUGUGUCAGUGUUUCAGAUGCAUCUUUGUAUGUAACUUUGUAUGCAACUUUACCGAAAAUGUUAAUAAAAUAGAGAAGCACAGUAUAAUAAUCAUAGGAACUUUCUCUCAGUUGCUGGUGAGCUUUGGGUGUUUACACCUAUUUAAAACAUUGUCAAAGAGAAAAAGAAUUUUUAUACUUUAUUCCAAUAGGAUAGUUAAAAAGACAAAGGAAGACCAUUCAGUCUCAUGAACACAGUACUCAAGGCAGUAACAAAGCGAAUAAAAGCACCGAACAAGCGAUCCUUUUUUUCACCAGGAGGGAUUAUGCUGCAUGUCAAACAACGAUUUUUUGUGACAUGUGCACAACUGUCAAACAUUUGCGUUGAUAACGAUGGAAAAAAGUGUAUAGUAUUUUGGUUCUUCUCUAAGCAGAUAUCUAGUUUUUAGACCCUGGAUCGUAUAUAUAGUUUUUAACUUAAAGUAAAGUUGAACUUGACCGCGGGUUUAAGUUGUAAAUAGUAACGGUUAAUUUCACAAUUUAGUCUCGAAUUAGAUUGUAAACAUCUCAAGAUCUAGUUGGUGAUAUGAUAUUUGACAAUAUCUUAAAAAAAAUAGCCCAAGAAAUUGUGUGCAUACAAUUAACUGCGUAACCAGGCAAUUUGUGCCAUAAUUUAGUAAAAAUGUAUUGCAUGAGGCAAUCAAUGGAUUGUGGGGAAUCAUCACAGAUAGCGUUGUUAGGAUAGGGAGCCCAACCAUUGCAAUCAUGUAACCAAUAAACAAAUCAAAACUU